AGUAUGUGUAUCAUAUAGGCCAGACAUAUUUGUGUUAACACUUGUACCUGCUCAUCUCGACAAUAAGGAUAAAGGAAAGGGGCAUAUAUACAUGGUGCUUACUACAAUAAACAGAGUCCUGCUAAGCACUGGGUAUCAAAAUGUCCUCCAAAUGUGAACAUUGCUCUGUGUUUCCAGUAUAUGAUGGAUACGUGUUGCCUGCUUUCCCCCCUCUGGUACCAGUACCUGAUAAACAUAUGGCUGCAGUACGAAACUUUGAGUCAAGAGACAAUGAUAUUCUGAUUUGUAGUUUGCCCAAAACAGGAACGAACUGGGGCUAUGAGAUCAUUUCAAUGCUGGUUCAAGGGCACGCCACGUAUGUUAAGGGUGCUAAAAUUACAGGUAUGCUGGAAGCCGUAGACGACCUUUCAACCUUGAACGAAUUAAAGUCGCCGCGCGUUUUGAGUACACAUGUUCCGUUCCGCCAUCUACCAAAGCAACACUUGGCUAAGGGAUGCAAGAUCGUCCAUUUUCGCCGCAAUCCGAAAGAUGUAAUGGUGUCUUGUUACAAUCACUGCACACACGACGACCGUAUUUCUCACCCGAGGACAUCAGAGGAUGAGGAGUUCCCUGGAACCUGGGAAAACUUCCUAAAAGAUCAAAUGGAAAGCAAACACAAUUUUUACGAUGGAUUCUUCAAAUACGAGAAGGAAUGGGAAGAUGCCAAAAAUAAAAAUCAAGUCACCAGUGUCCAUACGGUCUUCUAUGAGAAUCUUAAGAAGGAUCCAGUGAAUGAAAUAAAACGUUUGGCUACGUAUCUGGAGGUACCAGCUGACGAUGAACUAGCUAAGGACAUUGCAGACAAAUGUUCUUUCCAGAAGUUUUUAAACGCUGUACUCACUGUUAAAACUGGCGUAGUAAAAAUUGUGGAAGGUGGAAAUCAAUUUUUAUUUAGGAAAGGAAUCGUUGGAGACUGGAAGAACUGGUUCACAGUGGCGCAAAACGAACAGUUUGACGAGCUAUUGGACAAGGAACUGAAGGGAACAUCUCUCAAAUUUACAUUUGAAAUUUGAUUAAACAAUACCA